AUGGGAUGUGUGACUAGCAGAAGAUCCCCUGGCUCAGUUGUUUCAGGCAGCAUCCAUUUGAAUUACAAACCCAAUCCAGGCGAAGACAGCGAAAUCGAAGAAAUUGCUGAGCUUCCCAUCCGUGCCCAAGAUGAAGAUUUUGACCUUGUCUCAGCUGUUGAGCUUUCUGUAUCCUGCAAUAACCUUUUUGCUGGCAAAGGCAUAACUUUUAGACCCUACUGCUGUAUUUUAUAUAGAUGAUGGUAUCGGAAACUAAGCAGAAAAAGGUCGCACAGAAAUUCAAAGAAAAAUUUGAAUCCUUCUUUUAUCAAAUCUUUCAAAAUUUCUUACUCAUUUGAAAAGCAGCUGCGAUUUCGCUUUGAUGUUUACAAUAUCAAUUAUUCAAAUAUUCCAAAAGCCUUAAGUGGCAAACACAGAUAG